AUGGGUAAAGUUAAAAGUUUAAUUCACAAAUGUUUUCGUCAAGUGACAAUGAAUGAAGGAAACAAAAAAGUUACAAAAAACAUUUGCAAUUAUUGCAAUUGGGGAACUGUUCCCAAUGCAACUCGUCAAAAAAAGCACAUUAGAUGUUGUGUUAAGUGUCCUAUGGCUGUAAAAAGCAACAUUUUACAAAUGAAAAAAUCUUCUCAUGCAAACAAUUUGAAUAGUGCUGAUGUUGAUUAUAAUGAUGAAGUUGUUGAAGAUUGUCCAUUAUUGUCAAUUUCAAAUGAUAUUCCAGUUGAGUCAUCAUCAAUGUCAACCCCACCAAUUGAUAUUUUUAUAAGACCAUUUUUCGAUGAAAACCAAGAGCAUUUAACUACUUCUACACUGAAUACAACAACGAACUUCGAUAAAGUCAUUGAAUCAAGUAAAAAUGCAUUAGUUGAUUCACUUACUACUGAAAAAAAUGUAUAUUGGAAAGAGUUUUUUAAAAAAAUUCGACCUGCUUAUUGCCCACCUUCAACUUAUAUAAUUUCUAAUAGAUUGCUUGAUGAUGAGUAUAAAAGAGUAAAAGAAUGUACUGAUAAUAAUAUUUUGAGUGCCAAAGUGCUUGGUGUAAUGUGUGAUGGAUGGACAAAUUUGCGAAACGAGAGUAUUGUAAAUUUUGUUGUAACAACUCCAAAUCCUGUAUUUUUUAAAUCAAUUUCAACUGGUACUGAUCGUCACACAGGAGAGAAAAUGGCUGAAGAAAUAAUAAGUGUCAUUGAAGAAAUUGGACAAACUAAAGUGUUUGGAAUUGUUACGGAUAAUGCCAAAAAUAUGAAAAAAGCUUGGCAUUUGGUUAAUGAGAAAUAUCCUCAUAUAACGGCUUAUGGGUGUGUCGCACAUGGGCUAAAUUUAUUGGUAAAUGAUAUGAUGAAUUUAAAAUUAUUUAAUGAUGUCAUAAAUGAAGGGAAAUCUGUUUCAAUGAGUAUUAAUGAGGCCAUUGAAAAAGAUUUAAAACCAGAAGUCAAGAAAUUAAUCAGUAGUGCAAAUUUUUGGGAUAAAAUUUACUAUUUUCAUCAAGUUGUAAACCCACUUGCUAAAUGGAUAAAAAUAAUUGAAAGCGAUGUUCCUAAAUUAAGUAGUGUACCAUUUAUAUUUAAAGAACUUGAAACAUCUUUUAAAAACACUAUACAAAAAUCUCAUUUACUUGAUCCAAAAUAUUUAGGCAAAUGCUUAAAUACUGAAGAACAUAGUGAUGCAGUUGAGUUUAUUUAUCAACUAUCUAAGAAGUUGGACAAUUUAGAUGUUGGUGCUAGACAAGUUAUAGCUGAUUUAUGUCAUUUUAAAAAUAAAACUGGACCAUUCUGUAAAGAAUAUUUGUGGGCAGCGAUAAAUGAUACUAAUGGAUUAAACUGGUGGAAUGCAUUUUGUUCGGAAAUAGAACUUUCAAAGAUAGCAAUAAAAAUUUUGUCAUUACUUGCCACUUCGGCUGCCGUAGAAAGAACAUUUAGUUCAUACAAAGAUGUUCAUUCUCUUAAAAGAAAUCGACUUAUCAAUGAAAGAGCAAGCAAACUAGUUUUAAAACUAUUAAAGUAUGAAAAACCAGACAAAAUAAAUGAUUUACUUGUAAAUGAUCCAACUCCAGAUGUAGAAAAUUUUGAUCAUGAAUUAGCAGAAUUACAAGAAAAAAACUCAAUUAGUGAUUUGGAAAUAGAAACAGAUUCAAUUGAUUCAAAUGGUGAAGGAUCAAGAUCUGGUAUAGAUAGUUUUUUUAAUGAGGUAUCAUCUGAAUUAAAAAUAAAAUUUUAA